AUGCUAGGCAAGCCCGGUUUGCGCCACUGCGUUCAAUCGAACAUCCUCACCACUCCUGUUGCCGUUUGGGACGAAAUCUUCGAGUUCGACGUUUUUAGCGUUUCUUAUCAACAUUCCGGUGACCCCCGCUGGGAAGACUUGCGUUUCAUAUUCGAGGAGGUGUACUCUACAAACCCAACUUCUGAAGUUGUUCAUGACUGCAACUCUACAAACGAAGACAAUUCCUAUCACAAUGCUUUGCAGAAGCUUUGUAGUCGCAACAAUGCUCAUCCCCAACACGGUGGUCCACACGAUGCCUCGUCCGAAAGCUCCGUCAACACGCAUGCCCAUGUAUUAAUUAAUAGGGUGUGUAGUCGAACGCCAUUGCGCAUUCAACGACCACAACACAAGCCAGACCCGGCUUCUUGCAAGGGUUCGACUGGCGAUUCACACGUUUAA